CAUGGGGCGGAAGCUGGACCCCGCCAGGAAGGAGAAGCGCGGCCCCGGGCGCAAGGCCCGUAAGCAGCGGGGGGCCGAGGUGGAGCUGGCCCGCUUUCUGCCGCCAGAACCGGAGACCGGUAGGAAGAAGCUUUCCAGUCACGGGAGGAAGAGGGCUGCGAAGAGGCGGCUGGGAGCGGGGAGGAGGCUGCGAGGAGGAGGAGGAGGAGGAAGGCCGGAGCCGGCAGAUAAAGAGCAGGUAUCCUCACAGAAGGAGAAACAUGCCCUCAAGGCAGCAGGACAACCCCCCCGUGGCCGGUCUGGCUUCAGUGAUGACAAUUCAAAAUUGCUGGCUCCGGCCAAAGCCAAGAAAAUCCCCUCUAAAGGAAACAACAUGGAGUUAUCCAGCGAUGGUGAGGUGGAAGAGGGCAGCUGGGAGAUGGAGGAGGAGGAGGAGGAUGGGAGCAGCGACGAGAUGGUGGAUGAUUAUGGUGCCUCAUCAUCAGAGGAAGAAGAGGAAGCUGCAGCAGAGGAGGCAAGCAGGCAGAAAAUGGGACAGAAGGAGGAAGAGAGCACAGAUCUGCAGCUCAACCUGGAUAUAGACGAACAAUUUAAACUGCCAACUGAUGAACAGAUUGAGAGAGAUGCUGAGCCGCCUGACCUGCACAUCAUUCACCAACGCAUCAAGGGCAACAUGGAGGUGCUGCAGGACUUUGUGGUGAAGCGGGAGGAAGGACGAACGCGACAGGAGUACCUCGCGUUGUUGCGCCGGGACAUGGCUGCCUACUAUUCCUACAGUGAUUUCUUGCUCAUGAAGCUCAUGGACAUCUUCCCGCUCCCUGAGCUGAUAAACUUUCUGGAAGCCAAUGAGGUUCCCCGCCCUGUGACCAUUCGCACCAACACACUCAAGACGCGGCGACGGGACCUGGCGCAGGCUCUAAUCAACCGUGGCGUGAAUCUCGACCCCUUGGGGAAGUGGUCGAAAACGGGACUUGUUAUUUAUGACUCCUCUGUGCCCAUUGGUGCCACCCCUGAGUACCUGGCUGGGCACUACAUGCUGCAAGGAGCCUCCAGUCUCCUCCCUGUCAUGGCUCUGGCUCCACAGGAGAACGAACGCAUCCUGGAUAUGUGCUGUGCCCCGGGAGGAAAGACCAGCUACAUAGCUCAGCUUAUGAAGAACACAGGUAUGAUCUUGGCCAACGACAGCAACGCUGAGCGGUUACGUAGCGUGGUAGGGAACUUGCAUCGGCUGGGAGUCACCAAUGCUGUAGUGAGUAACUGCGAUGGACGCCAGUUCCCCAAGGUGCUUGGAGGGUUUGACCGUGUCUUGCUUGAUGCUCCUUGUAGUGGAACAGGCGUCAUUUCCAAGGAUCCUGCUGUCAAAACCAACAAGGAUGAGAAAGACAUCCUGCGCUGUUCUCACCUGCAGAAGGAGCUGAUUCUUAGUGCUAUAGAUUCGGUCAAUGCUGCCUCAGAGACGGGGGGCUACAUUGUCUACUGCACUUGCUCCAUCAUGGUGGAGGAGAAUGAGUGGGUUGUGGAUUAUGCCCUGAAGAAACGCAACGUUCGUUUGGUGGCCACAGGCCUGGACUUUGGCAAGGAAGGCUUCACCAGGUUCAAGGACCGUCGCUUCCACCCCUCCCUCAAGUCUACGCGGCGUUUCUAUCCCCACACGCACAAUAUGGAUGGGUUCUUCAUUGCCAAGUUCAAGAAAUUCUCUAAUGCCAUCCCCCAGGCGCAAAAAGAUGAAGAACCUGCUGUGAAAGCAGCAACUCCAUCUGCUGUCCCUGAUACCGUCAGGGAGCCUCAGACAAAAAAGAGGAAACUUGAGGGAUCAAAAGUUGACAAAGAGCAGAAGCCGCCACAGCCUGCUUUGAAGAAGAGACGUUCACUGCAGGCACAGAGGAGACCACUGAAGGCUGGCCGUCCUUCUCCCAAAAUGAUGCGUCCUCAAGUCCCUACCAGGAAGAAGCAUAGAGUGAAGCUGAACGGACAGUGAGAGGAACUGCUUUUCCGGGUGUUGGUCCCC